GCUGUCGAGACACGUCCCCUCGAACACUUUCGUCCUUCUCGUAUUUUUAUUUGAACGGAUCGCGAAAUCAUAAACUUUUAAAUCGAUGAUCGCGACUGGACGAUAAAAAUCCAUCGCGAUGAUCGCAUCGAAAUUUUUUAAAUUAAGAACGAAUUAAUGGAGAAUACCAAGUAUCGACGAAAAAGGUUCACCCCUAGCUUCGCAGGCCUGGAAUAAUUCCUCAACGUUUAUGUGACCUGGAUGUGAAUAUAUCCCAUGAAAUUUUUCCCCAAGACAUAUUUUGAAACUAUCACAAUGAUAACGCGAGAGAAGAAUCUGAACGAGAAUGCACGCGAGAACAGGCGCAAUUGAACUGUGAACAACCGACUUGAGAAUUUAAUCUAUCGUUAAUCAGUGUGAAAAUAGUUGAAUCAAGAUGAGUAAGGAAGGAGGCAACGAGGAAGCUGCACCUAAAGGCGGUGGUAACGAACCUAUGAAGAAAGAAUCGAGCACGGAUAUCUACGAAAAUCGAGGAUCCAAGAAAAUCAUACGUUUGGUCACGGUGCUGGCGUACAUGUUCUCCGUAAGUUUCGUGGCCAUAGUUUUGAGCGCGUACUACUUAUUCCUCUGGGAACCACCUAAUCCAAACCUCUUGAAAAGGCCAGUUCACUUGUCCGGCGAUCCUGAAAUACAAUUUCUCUUGAGCGAUUCGUCGAUCAUGUCGAAUCAUUCCGACGAAUUUUUGACCAACAACUUUCACACAAAGAUCACGGCUGACCAGGGAAACUUUAAUGCUUCGACGAAAACGUUCACCGGUCGUAUCGUCGGCGACACUUUCGAUGAAAACAACGUCACCGAUAGUCGUGGUCGCGUAACGAAAAAUUUCAACAACUUGAACGAUUCUUUGACCCUAUUGAGAAUCUUUUUAAUGGACUUUUUGCGAAAUGGAAGCAACGACUCGAAACCGGAUGAUGAUCCCUCUUGGAAGAGUUGGGGAACUUCCAAUUGCACCGAGUCCGCUCUUCUCGAGAAAAGAAAAGAAUUGAACUCGACGAAAAAUUCGAGCGAAAAAGGGGCCAAGUUUGAAGCAAACUCGAAAAAGGUCGUCGAAAAUCGGACGAUAUACAAGGGAACACUUUCCUCGACGAUCAAGAACCAAGAAAGGAUGAUUGGUGAUAACGGCACGCCUCCGACACAGGACUCUUCAACUAUUUCUGAAGACGAAGAAACCACUAAGAAUCGUUUCACGAGUGCCAGAAAUAACGCCAUGUACGGAUCGUAUCGAGACGUUGAUCGGUUGAAUCGCAAUUUAAAGGGGAACCAUCAAGAAAAGAGAAAUAAAUACAUUCCAGCAAGCCAGGUAAAGGUAGGAACAGCUAUUACCGAAAACAGUAUAAAAAUUACGAGAGAGCCCGUUGAAAAUGUUUCUAAAUAUUCUACGAACGUUGAAGUAACUCGGAACGACAAAUUAAAUUCAUUCGGCGGAGGAUUUAUGGAUAAUGUUAAAACGACUACAAUCAUUGAUGAAUCUGACGUUAUUGUAACAACUACGAAUAAAGAAGAUCCCGAAAUUGGAACAAUCAGUCGACGUAAACCGAGGAUGCAGCUGCCGCGAAAAAUGAGCGCUCAAAAUGUGAAUCCAGAAAAAUUUAACUCAGACAUGACGAACGUUAAUAAUACGGCAGGAAACCGCGAACAUAAGGGAACAGGCAAUGAAAUUCGAUUCGCAGGCGACGAAAGGAAGGACAAGUUGUACGAACCAAAACAUAAACAAAAAUUGGUACGCGUGUUGACGGUGGUGGCCUACGUUAUAUUCGUUAGCAUGGGAGCCAUCCUGCUGUCUUUGUACUAUACUUUUUUGUGGGAUCCCAAAGACGUAUCGGUCAGGAACGAAACAAGAACGAAACAGGAAUGCGACGAUGUAAAAUCGUCGAAUCCUAUCACCACACCCUCCACUAUCAACGAAACGCUAAUAGGAAGGAUGACAGCGAGGUUCACGGAAAACGAACAAACUCCAGAACCGAAAAUCGCAACCAUUCCGGAAACUACUCAACGACAAAAGGAUAUGUUGACGAUUUUAAACGAAUCUACCGAAAUAUAUUCGAGUGUUUCACCGGCAACGACAUCAGAAGAUUUUCGGACUGAUUCGAAUACAACGAAAAGCGGAGAGACGUUUACUAAAAACCGUUCGGAAAUUACUUCGUAAAUUCUUAAAAGUCUAAGGACAAUUUGGCAAGAAACAAACCAAAUAGCGUGAAUACUUCUUCAGAUUCGUUACAAACGUUAAUACGUCGAUCUAGUUAACUCUAGCGAAAUCGACCCUUCAAUUUUAUAAAUUUUAUAAAUUCCCGCGAUUAGAAUGGAAGACGUUUAAAUGUAACUUCCAUUUACUCGGCAUUACUUUUCUUUUUUUUUUUUACUAGAAGCCUAGAAUGAUUUAAAACUAUAUAGAUUAAAUGAGAACCAAGAAUAGUCUACAACUCUGUAAGUAAAAAUCAUUGUAUAUUUUGUAGAAAGAAAAAAAUCGUUGGUCUGGGUAAUGAUUACUUAUUGAGAGCGCGCGCGAAGAUUUUAAUUUUGAUACUGUGUAAUGAUACGGUUGAGAAGAUGAUACGAUUUGCGCAAACAGCAUUAUUUCGAGGAAUUGUAAUCAGGAUUGUACUCGUUUGAAGGAAUUUUUAACUAUAUAAUAAAGAAAUUGAACAGAAUCAUAUCUGUGGAGAUACUCUUUGUUAUUUGUAAUAGAAAUAGAAAAUACAUUGCUCCUAAAUUGUU